UGCUCUCCAAGCCAACAAAAUCAUUUAUAAUAAUUCAUACAAAAUUAACAAAAAAAAAUAAAUAAUUUUUUUUUAAAAAAAAGGAGAGGGUCUACCUCGAGAUUCGGAUUGGAAGGAGAUCGGACGGCUGUGCGUGGAUGACAGCAUGAGCUGCAAUGGCUGCCGGGUGCUGCGCAAGGGCUGCAGCGAGGAGUGCGCGCUGCGAGCAAGCAUCGACUGGAUCUAUGGCGCCGAAGAGCAGGGCAACGCCACCCUUUUCGUUGCCAAGUUCUUCGGCCGCACCGGCCUCAUGACCUUCAUCACCGCCACUGAUCACUCUCAUCGACCUGAUCUCUUCCGAUCGCUGCUCUAUGAGGCGUGUGGGAGGACGGUGAACCCGGUGAGCGGCGCAGUGGGGCUUCUUUUGACCGGGAACUGGGAUCUCUGCGAGGCCGCCGUCGAGACCGUGCUCCGAGGCGGCGCCCCGAAGCCGAUCUCCUCCGAUCUCGAUCUCUCCAGCCUCGGUGGAUCGCUGGAGAAGUCGGGUACGAUGAGCUCGGAGAUCGACGGCGGUGGCGAUCGUCGGAUUCCUCCGAGGCUUUUGAAUCUCUUCGUCUGAGGUUUCUCCGGGCGCUUGUGGAGUUGAACCGGGGUUUUAUAGAUGGCGCUCGUGCGUGCGUGGGUACAAAUGUUGGUCACUUUUUUGGGUGACGAGUUCCCGCUUUUAUUUAUGAGCCGGCGGGAAAUUUUCUUUUUAUGUAAUUUAACAUUUUAGCAUCCAUUUGUGGAUCGGUUGUUUAAAAGAAAAUCGCUUAUAAAUAAUUCAUAAAAAUAUUUGUCUUAA